CUUCCUGCCGAGGCUUCGUCUCCAAUUGUUCUAUUGAUUAAAACGUAGCAAAACCAGACUCCACCACCACCAUCUCCUCCCAAAAGAUGCUGCACCUUCGCCACCACCACCACCACCACUACCUGUUCCUCCUCCCCCUCCUCUCCCUCCUCUUCCUGUGCCUCCUCCCUGGAGGCGCGUCAACUCCCGAGGAAGAGCUCCAAAUCCUCUUACAAUUCAAAGCAUCCCUAAAGGCCUCCACCAAUGCCACUGUCUUCCAAUCUUGGGAUGCAGGUAGCUCCGCUUGCAGCUUCACCGGAAUCAAGUGUGAUUCCAACGGCUCCGUGUCGGAGAUUGACCUCACAGAAACCGGCAUUUCGGGCGAGAUCGCGUUCGAUUCCCUCUGCCGUCUCCCCUCGCUCUCCGCCCUCUCCCUUGGCUCCAACAGCCUCACGGGCUCCGUCUCCGCCGACGUCAGCAACUGCACUGGCCUCCGCCACCUCGACCUCGCCUUCAACUACCUCGGCGGGGCCGUCCCCGACCUGGCGCCGCUCAACAAGCUCCAAGUCUUGAACCUUUCCGAUAACGCCUUCACCGGCGUCUUCCCGUGGAGUUCGCUUGGUGGCCUCACCGAGUUGGAACAGCUGAGUCUCGGGGAUAACCCGUUCGAUCCCAAUCCCUUCCCGGAGGUGGUUGUGAGCUUGACCAAGCUCAACUGGCUCUUCCUCUCGGACUCCAAUAUCCACGGUGACAUCCCGGCAUCAAUUGGAAACUUGGCCGAGCUCGUCGACCUCGAGCUCGCCGACAAUUUCCUCACCGGCGGGAUCCCUUCGGAGAUCACAAGACUCUCUAAACUCUGGCAACUGGAGCUCUAUAAUAAUUCGCUAACCGGGAGGAUCCCGGCCGGGUUCGGAAACCUCUCAGAGCUGGCCUUGUUCGACGCGUCCAUGAACCAACUGGAAGGCGACCUCUCUGAGCUCCGGAGCUUGACGAACCUCGUGUCGCUACAGCUGUUUAUGAACGACCUCUCCGGCCAGGUCCCGCCGGAGUUUGGGGAGUUCCGGCGCCUCGUAAACCUCUCACUCUACUCGAACCGGCUCAACGGGUCGCUGCCGGCGAAGCUCGGGAGCUGGACGGAGUUCAUCUUCAUCGACGUGUCGACCAACUUCUUCACGGGCGGCAUCCCACCGGAUAUGUGCAGGAAGGGGACGAUGAAGAAGCUUCUCAUGCUGGAGAAUAAAUUCACCGGGGAGAUCCCGGCGAGCUACACCAACUGCUCGUCUUUGAUUCGGUUCAGGGUAAACAACAAUUCGCUCUCCGGUAACGUUCCCGCCGGGCUCUGGAGCCUGCCCAAUCUGCAGUUAAUCGACCUCUCCAUCAACCAGUUCGAAGGCCCAAUCGGCGCCGGGAUCGGCAAAGCAAAGUCUUUAUACCAGCUGUCUCUCGACAACAACCGGUUCUCCGGCCAACUGCCGUCGGAGAUCGGAGAUAUGGCGUCGAUUGUGAAAAUAUACUUGUCGAACAACGAAUUCUCCGGUGAGAUUCCGGCGAGCAUUGGAGGGUUAAAGAACCUGGCAUAUCUUUAUUUGGAAAGCAACAGCUUCUCAGGAGCGAUCCCAGAUGCGAUCGGCUCGUGCGUCUCGUUAAACUCCGUCAGCCUCGCCGAGAACAAGCUCUCCGGGCCGAUCCCCGCGAGCCUCGGCGCACUGACGAGGCUCAAUUCGCUGGACUUGAGCAACAACCAGCUCUCCGGCGAGAUCCCAGCGAGCCUUACCACGCUGAAGCUGUCCGCCCUUGACCUCUCCAACAACAGCCUCACAGGCGCCGUGCCCGCGGGGCUCGCCAUCCCCGCAUACAGCAGUAGCUUCGCUGGGAACCCCGGCCUCUGCAUCGAUGGCAGCGGCGCCAACAGCCUCAGCUCGCUCAGGCGCUGCUCCUCCGUCCGGAGGGCCUCCUCGGAUGAGCUUCGCAUCAUCCUCACAUGCUUCCUCGCCGGUGCCGCCGGACUCGUCGCCUGCCUCGGCUUCUACAUCGUCCUAAAGAAGCGCCGAGCCGACGCACGCGGCUGCGGACGGGCCGUCGUUAAGGAUCCAUCGUGGGACAUGAAGUCGUUCCGGAUCCUGACGUUCGACGAGCAGGAGAUCGUCGACGGGAUCAAGCCGGACAACUUCAUCGGAAAGGGCGGGUCCGGAGAGGUGUACCGAGUCGAGUUGGGUAGCGGGGAGGUUGUGGCGGUGAAGCAGAUAUGGCGCGACGCGGCGGGGGGCACGAAGGAGUGGAGCACGGCGGCGAUGCUGGCAGCGCGGAGGCGGGUAAGAAGGAGAUCAGCCGCGAGGGAGUUCGAGGCGGAGGUAGGGACGCUGAGCGCGGUGCGGCACGUCAACGUGGUUAAGCUGUACUGCAGCAUCACGAGCGAGGAGUGGAGCCUGCUGGUGUACGAGCACCUCCCCAACGGAAGCCUCUGGGACCGGCUGCACGGGCCAGUGUCGGCGGCAGCGGCGGGGAAGGAGGAGGAGUUGGGGUGGGAGGAGAGGUACGAGAUCGCGGUGGGGGCGGCACGGGGGCUGGAGUACCUGCACCACGGCUGGGACCGUCCCAUCCUGCACCGGGACGUCAAGUCCAGCAACAUUCUCCUGGACGACUGCCUCAAGCCGCGCAUCGCAGACUUCGGCCUCGCCAAAAUCCUGCAGUCCGCUCCUGCAGGAGGAGGAGCAGGGGAGGCCUCCGCUGCUCAUGUCAUCGCCGGUACCCACGGCUACAUCGCCCCAGAGUACGCGUACACAUGGAAGGUAAACGAGAAGAGCGACGUGUACAGCUUCGGGGUGGUGCUGAUGGAGCUGGUGACGGGGAGACAGCCGAUAGAGGCGGAGUACGGGGAGAACAAAGACAUCGUCUGCUGGGUGGCGGGGAGGAUGAUCAGCAGGGUGAGCGUGAUGGCUCUGGUGGACGGGAGAAUCCCGGAGUGGGCGAGAGAGGAAGCCGUCAAGGUGCUGCGCGUCGCGGUGCUGUGCACGGCGAGGCUGCCGACGAUGCGGCCGUCGAUGAGGACGGUGGUGCAAAUGCUGCAGGAGGCGGGGAGCGGCCGAGAGUUCGUAGCGAUCGGGAGCGGCAAGAACGAGAAGGUGGAGAAUGGUGGGUAUGUGGCUGGAGGGAAGGAAGGCAAAGCUCAAACCAUAAGCCUGCUGCUGUAGGUGAUUGGCCUCAAAACAGGUUUCCGAAGUACAUUAAGGUUUCCUGAGAGGACCUGAUUGAUAUAUCAGAUCACAGAGUUGGGCGAGGAAGACGAUCAGAUGCUCAUGGGCAAAUGAGUUCUUCAAGGCCGUGCCACCGUCUUCUAGAUCGGAGGUUACAGUGAAAGAGUUGCGCAAGGAGUCAUGAGUCAAGAUAGUGUGUAGCAGAGGUAGUCGACACCGGUCGUCUCAGGUCACCAAGAUAGUGUGUUGUAGCAGAGGUUGCAGAGGCAGUCCAUAUAUAUUUUGAGGGUAUUCUAAGCCCUAUCUAUGGGUGUAAGGGAGGAGUGACAUUUAAUUUAAAAGCUUUCGAACA